UAUACACACACUGCAGGGCAGGCUGCUGCUACUCAUUUCUUGAGAAAACGUAGACAGGUUGCUCUUGACUUGAAUCCUGGAAUUCUGCCUAUAAUUAUAAUCCUCGGAUAACAGCACAUUCAGCCCAGGAGGACUCUACAGUUGUAGAUUCAGAUCUCCACUGAACCGAGCUUCACUCAAGAUGGGGAAUGAGAAUUCAGUUUAUGAAUUUACGGAAGACCCUCAGGCUAACGGGAAGCUGCAGAAUGGAGAGGCAAAUGGUCACGCCAUCAGGAUUGUGUCAGAAGGCAAUUCUGCCAAUGUGGAUGCUCAGUUCACCAGUCAGUCAACCUCACAGCCCUGCAAACAGGAGAAAGUGCCCUCAGAAUCCUGCAAGCCGGAAGGCAGCCAAAAGCAGGCUGGCAACAGCCGCCCUGCAGACACUCCAGGGAAUCCAACACAGCAACUGGAGCCAAGAAAGGAAGAGGAGGUAGCUCCCACAAAGGCCCCAGGGCAGGACAGUGACCGUAAGCGGACCAGAGGUACCCCUCGUCAGGCCACCUUCUCGCUUUUCAAAUCGGUCUCGCCUCCUGCUGAAGCUCCAGGGAAUCCAGCACAGCAACCGGCGCCGAAAGAGGAGGAGGUCAGUGUCCAGCCUCCACCUGUAGCAGAUAAGGAGGUGGAGCCCAAGCAGGACACAGAGGAGAAGGUGCCGUUGUUCAACAAGCUUUUCAAGAAGAAAGCAGAGGCCAAGAUUGAGGUGGACCUGCCUGUGGUGGAGACUGACAGCUCACAGGGGGAGGAGAAGCCUGUUGCCGUUACAGUCAAAGAAAAUGGUCUCUACUGUGAGGUCGCUCCCACAAAGGCCCCAGGGCAGGACAGUGACCGUAAGCGGACCAGAGGUACCCCUCGUCAGGCCACCUUCUCGCUUUUCAAAUCGGUCUCACCUCCUGCUGAAGCUCCAGGGAGUCCAGCACAGCAACCGGCGCCGAAAGAGGAGGAGGUCAGUGUCCAGCCUCCACCUGUAGCAGAUAAGGAGGUGGAGCCCAAGCAGGACACAGAGGAGAAGGUGCCGUUGUUCAACAAGCUUUUCAAGAAGAAAGCAGAGGCCAAGAUUGAGGUGGACCUGCCUGUGGUGGAGACUGACGGCUCACAGGGGGAGGAGAAGCCUGUUCUAGUUACAGUCAAGGAAAAUGGUCUCCACUGUGAGGUCGCUCCCACAAAGGCCCCAGGGCAGGACAGUGACCGUAAGCGGACCAGAGGUACCCCUCGUCAGGCCACCUUCUCGCUUUUCAAAUCGGUCUCACCUCCUGCUGAAGCUCCAGGGAGUCCAGCACAGCAACCGGCGCCGAAAGAGGAGGAGGUCAGUGUCCAGCCUCCACCUGUAGCAGAUAAGGAGGUGGAGCCCAAGCAGGACACAGAGGAGAAGGUGCCGUUGUUCAACAAGCUUUUCAAGAAGAAAGCAGAGGCCAAGAUUGAGGUGGACCUGCCUGUGGUGGAGACUGACGGCUCACAGGGGGAGGAGAAGCCUGUUCUAGUUACAGUCAAGGAAAAUGGUCUCCACUGUGAGGUCGCUCCCACAAAGACCCCAGGGCAGGACAGUGACCGUAAGCGGACCAGAGGUACCCCUCGUCAGGCCACCUUCUCGCUUUUCAAAUCGGUCUCACCUCCUGCUGAAGCUCCAGGGAGUCCAGCACAGCAACCGGCGCCGAAAGAGGAGGAGGUCAGUGUCCAGCCUCCACCUGUAGCAGAUAAGGAGGUGGAGCCCAAGCAGGACACAGAGGAGAAGGUGCCGUUGUUCAACAAGCUUUUCAAGAAGAAAGCAGAGGCCAAGAUUGAGGUGGACCUGCCUGUGGUGGAGACUGACGGCUCACAGGGGGAGGAGAAGCCUGUUGCCGUUACAGUCAAGGCAAAUGGUCUCCGUUGUGAGCCUGGAAAAGGCGAGGAGGCGUCGGCCCAGCGUCCUGAGCUUCUUGGCAGCGUCCUGGCGGAAAGCAAAGAGCUCGGCGUCAACAGCAUCAACGUCCAACCGCAGCAGGCUGAACACGGGGAGAGUCACCGAGGAGAACGGCCAGUGAUGAAUUUUUUCAAAACAUUCGCGAGUCCAAGUAAAACCUCCAAAGGAGUCUCUCCAGAUGUCUCCAAAGACACGGCAAAGGGCACCAAGGAGCCCGAGAGCCAAAGCAAACUGGAAAAGGGGUCUGCAGCCAAGACGGCAGAGCCCCCUGCCUCAGAACCUAAAGACACGGACCCCAAUCCAAAGGACUCAACGGGGGGCACAUUCAGCAAACUCUUUAGGCAGAAGUCCUUCAAGGAUACCCAACCAACAGCCACAAGCGAGGUAGAUGCUGCUACUGCUUCUAGAUCUACCAAGACAUCCCCUCCACCAGAACCACCUAAAGCAGAAACCAAAGCAGAACCGGCAGCCAAAAAUCCCAAGAACUCCCAAAAGGAAGUACCCAAGGAUGCCCCGAGCGGGCCAGAGAUCAAGCAGAAGCCUGCUAAGAGUGGGCCUCUCUCCAAACUUUUCCAGCGCAAGACUAUGGAGGAGGAGCAACAGGAGGAGGAGCCACAGGAGGAGGAGGGGCAGGGUGGAGCGUCAAAAGCCAGCACGCUAGAAGCGUCCGCACUGCCGGCACAGACAGCAAAACCACUGGAGAAAAAGAAAUCGAAUCUUAUCACCCUUUUCAAGACAAAGGUACCGCAACGCCCCCAAACAUCUAAAGUCCAGGCUGCCCCGACAUGUGGAAACAGUGUCCCUGUCAGCACUGAUGUACCGACCCCCGAGACCACAAAGAACACGCCGCCUGAUGCUCCCCCUCUGCCCGAGGCGGCCCAAGGUGUCAAGUUGAAAGAAGACCCCAAACCCGGUACUGAGGCCGAGAAGAAGAGGAGCGGAAAGCAGGACCUCAUACCCAAAGUGAAGGCUCUGGAGGUCGGCGUAGACAGCAAAUCAGUGUCGGAAGCCUCACAGAGUGGCGAUGAAGCCGCCGUCAGCGUCUCCAAAAAACUUGAGAAGAGAAACUCCAUCCACUUGUUCUUCAAAAGCCUGGGGCCAAAGAGGCUGUCGGAAGCCAGCGUUCAGACUGAUCCUGUGACCAUUACUUAUCCGUGCGAAAAGGCCAAGUAACACAGCCCCGCUGAGAGUCUCCAGUGCCCUAUUCUUUGACCCUAAUGAAUAGCAAGAUGAACUUUUGUACAGAUACAUCUUUCCUUUUCUCAUCUGAGAGUGGGAGGAAGGGUGGGGAAAUUUUAAAUGUGUACCAGGGUUAAGAGCAAGUGGUUAGCGAUUGCGAAAGGAUGAACAGCUGUUUCAUGUGAAGCGGGAAAUGGAAAGAGAGCCCAUUUUCAACAGGCUCAGAUAUGACACCGGGUGUGGUAUUUCGAUGGACAUCAGUGGCGUUUUGGCCAAAAAGUAGCGGUAGCUAAUCUAUAGAGACGUGCGACUCUUUUACUCACUUUAACUGACAUGGCAUUUAUUUUUAUAUAAAAAGGGGAGCAUGUUCUUAAAGCCCAGCCUUCAAUUUGGGGAGUGUUCAACUUAAAUCUUUCUAAACUCAAACCUUAUAUUUAUCUGUAUGUUUUAUAUUCUAAUGCUAAGAGUUGUCUGAUCCUAAAUACCUGCAAAUCUGUAGGUAUUAUUUUCUUUGUAAACCAAUAUCUUAUCAUGGAACAUGGAGAACAUUAAAAAUGUAUUGCCUAUGUGAUUAGCUUGUUGUAAGCCUGCCGCCGAAAUGGCGUGUGACAUGAGUACGCAGAGCUGCUGAACACUGCUCUUCAAGUCGAACUGAUCAAGAGAAGUGUGCUCAGUAUAAAUGUACAGCAGGGAAACCCAGUCACAAGGUAACAUUUUCACGAAUUCAACGGGCCUCCCUCCAAAACAGUGGAAGUUCAAUUUUGUAAGUUAGAAACACACAGAAAACCAUAAACAAAAGUUACUUGAUAUUUGAAUAGAAGCCAAAUUUCAACAUUCCUGCUUGCAAGCUUGCUAUGAGUGAUAGGUUUACUGCAAAUGCUUAUUCCAUGCAUCAUUGCCUCGUGGAGAUCGAUCAGAACACUGACAAGGGGGAGGGUGUUUUAAAAGCUUGCAGGCUCCGAUGAGACACUUAAGCCUUCUGAAAUACCCUCUGACUAUUUUGGAGCUACGUAACUCAGGUGCCUUAAAAUUCCAAGGAAGUUCAAGUAUUUCAAGGGAAAAAGGUGUUUACAAGCUUUACUUGUGUUUUAAAUACUAAAGAACAGCCAUGUAAUCUGUGGUUUGCUCUUACGGAAAAAUACUCAACACUGCGGAUAGUGAAACCCAAAAGCACAUACUUGUUAAAUGGGAAGUUUCAUUUUUAAAACUUUUUAAAAGGUGUUCAUGGUUAAACAGGGUUCUAAGUUUUAUGUUAGUUCUAAGUUUUUUUUUGCAUAAGUAUUGCUAAUUAUUAUUUAAUAAUUAAAGAAAAUAGCAUAACCAAGCAUGAAAGCAUAAUCAUUCAGAAAACUAAUUAUUCUCAGUACGGUACUUAAUAUUCGGGUGACAUUCUUAUCAAAGGGCAUUUUGUCACUGCAUGGAUUUCUGUAUUAUGUGGUUUGCAGAUGAGAAAUAUUUCAGGUUUCAAAGAUUUUUGAGCUGUCAAAGCUGUCCAUGGCUUAUUCUUUAGUGACUGUAAAUGAAUCGUGGGAAUAAAGGGUCAAAGGUCAAAGUGGUACACCUGCCGAGAUUCUCAGAGAGACUGAAGGAGUAGCAUAGAACUUAACCCCCAAUCUUGUAUCAUGUAACAGACAAAGUGCAUAAAAUAUUAAUGCUCUUUUUAAAAUGCUUUUAAAAGUAGAUUGUUCUGUCACGCCAACUCAAACAGAAUAAAAUGUAUACAACUGAUCAA